UUUUAUGUAUUCAAGGGCCCCUGUCAAGUGCUGGGCCCACUGAAUCUGCCAGAACAUCCAUACCCCACGACGCCCCUGGGAAUACUGUGCCGUGACACUUCGACUUUUGUUCUGUCGCUUUAAGAGAGUUUGGGGAAAAAACGGCCAACUUCCGGUCGCUUGGAGCGAGCAGCAACAUUGUAACAUUGUAGCGGCAUCAAAAGGGGCUGCGAUCCAGGCGCGCGGAGUAGCUUCUGAACGGUACCUCUGCACGACCAGGAUGGUGAAGAUCGCCUUCCAGCCUGUCGCCGGGCAGAAGCCCGAGAAAGAGCUCAUCGACGGGGACAAAACUGAGAUCCUGAUCCCGCAUCCCGCCGAGGAGGAUCUGGCUCCUCCACUUCGUCCAAAGAAGAAUCCUUUAAAUGGACUGUGCUGUUUGACCUUUGGCCUCGUAGUGUUCAUGACCAGCCUUGUCCUGGCGUCCAUCUACAUCUACAGGUAUUACUUCAUACCUCAGAUCCGUGAGGAGAACCUGUUCCACUGCCGCGUGCUCUAUGAGGACUCCAUCUAUGCCCCGAUGCGUGCCCGCCAGGAGCUGGAGGAGAACGUGGGCAUCUACCUGAAGGACAACUACGAGCAGAUCAGCGUCCCUGUGCCCCACUUUGGUGGGAGCGACCCAGCCGACAUCAUCCAUGACUUUCACAAGGGUCUGACGGCCUACCAUGACAUCGCACUUGACAAGUGCUACGUCAUCGAGCUGAACAGCACCAUCGUGAUGCCACCACGGAAUCUCUGGGAGCUCCUGGUGAACGUCAAGAAGGGGACCUAUCUUCCUCAGACUUACAUCAUCCAGGAGGAAAUGGUGGUAACCGGACGUGUGCACAACGUGCGGCAGCUGGGUGCCUUCAUCUACAGGCUGUGCAACGGCAAGGACACCUAUUGGCUGAAGCGCAGAAACCCCCGGAAACGCAUCGACAAACGCCGGGCCACAAGCUGCCAUCGUAUCCGCCACCUGGAGAACACGUUCGUGGUGGAGACGGUGAUCUGCGAUGCCGCCUGAAAGGGCUGCUGUCUUCCCGUUGGCACGGCCACUUCCCCAGCUGCUGUAGCGCCCUCCUGUGGAUUUAGUUUCAGUUGCACUUUAAGCACGGUGUUCCCUUUUGAAUUGAUUUACCCAAUUGUAUGUCAUAUAUUUUUUUAUUUUUACGUAUCGAACAUUUAGAGAAUUGUGUUUGUCCUGUUCUGGGACAAAAUGUCAUUUUUGUUGCAUAGUUUACCCCCCACGAUGGAACAGUGGUUGAAUAUUUAUUUUUUUGUGUUGGUUGAAGGAUUUUGUUUACAUGUGUCUUGGUGGUAUAUUACAUUAAUGUAGCGAUAAAAUGUUAAAUCUAAUAUUAAAUGUAACGUGACCCCCCCCCCACACCGUAAAAAGCCACUCAUUAGCAUUGCUGUUAUUGCUGUUUUUUUACAGUUCUGUCCUUUUCGUAAACAGUGUGGCAUUAUUUUCACUUGAUCCUCAUGCUGCGCCGGCAGAGUCUCUCCUCUCCUUGCAGUGCUUCCCGCUGUCCUGUGCUGUGGUCGGAAGGUGUAGCUCUGGAGCUCUGAAUUCCCACAUUCUCACGUCCUUUGGGCUUCUGGAAGCCGGCAUUGAUUGGCCCUGAUAGUGUCCUUACCUACGAUUCUUCCUCAAAAGGUGGGAAACUGAUAAAAGCUAGAGGCUCCUGUUUGCUUUGGUUUAAAUAGCUGGUGGUUGUUAGUGGACCAGUCGUCUCCUGGCUGUCACGUGGUAACCGGCAGAAUACGGACGUUCCCAUUCUUAAGACUGGCGUGUUACUGGCCCCUUUUGUGAAGGUGUGGUGGUGAUCUCGCCUCCCCAUGCCUGCACUCCCACCGUCUCCUGCAUUCAGGCCCUCUCUCCGCUUACUCACUCCUCCUCGACAAUCUGCUCAUGUGCUUUCUGCUAACUGCUCGGUCUGUCUCCCUGCAUGUUUCUCUGACUAUAUUACGUAUCUCUUGAGACAAUGACAAAAAUGCCUUAGUUCAGAGUCAGAACUAAAGUCAGCGCAGUUGUAAACGUCUGUCUGUACUUUCGGCUGAUCUGUAUAUUUUGUCUGCUAUGAAAUUCCGUCUAUAAAUAAACUAAAAUUCUGUCAUGUC